AAAUUAAUUUGACUUGCGCAUUGGCAGCCAAUUUUGGGGUGGAGAUUUUGAAUUGGUUGAGAUUCCCAACAUAAGCUUUGACUGUGUAUUUACAUUCACAUGAUGAUUUUGUUGGGUUUGCUUACUGUACCUAUUUUAUUAUUGUUUAAUAUCUACAAGUCACAUCAGCUGCCUUUACCUCAAUCAUUAAAGAUCGAUAGCUUGGAUAGUAGAUCUGGAGAUAUUUCUGAUUUUCUUUUUAAAUUUGGAUACAUACCUAAAGAUGACUUUCGUGUUGGAAGCAUUCGAAGUUCUGAUUACUUGAAAGAUGCCAUCAAGCGAAUGCAAAGGUUUGCUGGUUUACCUGCAACCGGUGAAAUCGAUGCAGCAACUUUUAAUUUAACCAAAAGACCUCGAUGUGGGGUUCCUGAUUAUUUCCCAUCAGACAUUCGUAACAGGGUAAAAAGAUAUGUUUUAAAAGGACCAAAAUGGGAUAAAACAACUUUAACCUGGAGGAUAAAUGGUUCAACUCCUUCAACCAUGCGAAGGACUGUUUUAGAUAGUGAAAUUCAUCAAGCUCUUCUGCUGUGGAGCAGACAUUCAAAGUUAAAGUUUUAUCCAUCUGGUUCGAAUCCAGCUGAUAUUUUAAUUACCUUUUUCAGUCGAGACCAUGGAGAUAAUUUAGCUUUCGAUGGUAUUGGAGGUGUUUUAGCCCAUGCUUUUUUCCCUGGCCCUGACUUUGGAGGGGAUGUUCAUUUUGAUGCAGAUGAAACAUGGAUAGAAACUGGAAAAAAAGAUCCAUCAGGGACUGGUCUUUUUGGUGUAGCUGCUCAUGAAUUUGGCCAUUCACUUGGCUUAUCUCAUUCACCAAUUGUUGAAUCCUUGAUGUUUCCUUACUAUAGAGACAUUGAUUUUGAUUUUGAGCUUCCUCAAGAUGAUAUUAACGGAAUCCAAGCUCUUUACGGCCCAUCAGACACAAAAUGGCCAACUCAUAAACCAACCACUAAAUUUACCACACCACGACCUAACCGUCCAACAACUUAUAUACCAAAGAUAACUGAACCUCCUACAACCUGUGAUACAAGUUUUGAUGCAAUUUCAACCAUUCGAAGUGAAAUUUUCAUCUUCAAAGGCCGAUAUUUUUGGAGAUUGGAUGAAAAUAAAAACCUGGAAAGAGACUAUGCUAUUCCUGUUAAUAAUUUUUGGUUUAAUUUACCGAAAGAUUUUGAAAAAAUUGAUGCAGUUUAUGAGCGACCUUUAGACAGUAAAAUAGUCUUUUUUCUGGGUGCAUCAUAUUGGGUAUUUGACGGGAAUAAUGCUGAAAGCGGUUACCCAAAGCCACUGUAUGAUUUAGGAUUACCUAGAAAUUUAAAAUCAGUUGACGCUGUUACAACUUGGGGCUACAAUGGUCUAGUCUACAUUUUUGCUGGCAAUCAAUAUUGGAGGUUAGAUGAGAGGACAAACCGUGUUGAACUCGACUAUCCGAGGAGCAUGAAAAUUUGGAAAGGUGUUCCAACCAAUUUAGAUGCUGCUUUUCAUUGGCAAAAAAAUGGGAGAACCUAUUUUUUUAAAGGACGAGGGUUUUGGCUGUUUGAUGAUCGAACCAUGUCAGUUACUCCGGAUUCACCUCAAUCAUCUGUUCAUUAUUGGUUUGAUCCUCUCUGCAAAAAUGCUCCAUACCCUGAUUUAAAUGAUAUAAGUUCAACCGAGCCAUCAAUUAGAGAUGUCAACAGUUCGCCAUCAUGAUGAUAUUAUUACAUUUUCCUAUUUCGUCUGUCUUCUGUUAAUGCUCAGCAGUUUCUUAGUUGUCUUUAAUCAUAGUGUAAAUAUAAGUUGAAAUACGCGUUUUUUACAUGCUUGUAUUUAAUCAACACGCCAACCAUCAAUCACCACUUUGUCAUUCAGAUUAACUAAUUACAAAAAUCAACUCACAAUGAAACCAAAAGGCACAAAGAGCAAGAGAUUGAAAUUUCAUCUAUACUCAUAUUAAUAUAUUUAUAUUAUCAUUAUUGCUACAAUUAGAUGCUAAACCGUGACCAAAGCUUUUGUAUAAAGAAUCAAUUUUUCAGCAUUUUUACUCCUAAAACAUAUUUUAUUAAGACCACUCAAUGAUCAAUCGCACUUUUUAAAAUCACAGCAUGCCUUUUUUCAGAUCGUUGACAACCUAGAUUGAUCAUUAAAUUGUUGUACAAAAUUUAAACCAUUUAUUUAUAUUGUAAUAAUUAGUAUUUGAUGUGAUUUACAUUGUUGUUUUUAACAUUAAAAGAUCCAAUUGAGUCAACAGUA